GCUGCUGCUCUUAAGUAGCUUGGUGGAUAUUGAGUCCUUUGUAAACGCUCUGCAAAGAAAGCGUUUGGGGGUUUGGUUUUUUCCCCCCCUCCUCCCCUUGAAAGGAAGAAUGAUUCCUGAAAUCAGAGAGUUUUCCUUUUUCCUGGGAUUUUUGCUGCUUUUUAUUGCCUCUGAGAUUGAAGCCAGAGCUCGUCCAGAUAUGUUCUGUGAUUUUAAUGGCAAGAAGUACGGUCCAGGAGAGAGCUGGCAUCCCUACUUGGAACCUCAGGGGCUGACGUACUGCAUCCGAUGCACCUGUUUGGAGAAUGUGAAUGUGAGCUGUUACCAAAUCCAGUGUCCAGCCCUGCAUUGCGUAAAGCCUGUCACUGACCCACAGCAGUGCUGCCCUCGCUGUGCAGAGCCGCACACGCCGUCUGGUCUCCGGGCGCCUGUGAAGUCUUGCCAGUACAACGGGACAACCUACCAACCAGGGGAGAUGUUUACCACGAGCGAACUCUUCCCUUCUCGGCAGCCAAAUCAGUGUGUACAGUGCAGCUGCUCCGAAGGCCAGAUUUACUGCGGCUUGGUGACCUGCCCUGAUCUGCUGUGCUCCUCUCCUCUAACUGUGCCAGACUCCUGCUGCCAAGUUUGCCAAGACGGUUCCUAUGAGAAGUCAAUGGACGAGGAGCCCCUGCAGUUAAACAGAGGUGUUAGACACUCUCAAGACCAGUGCUCGGGGGAUCUGGUGAGCAAGAGAUUGCUUGGCGGGACGGCUUCCACUGUGAUCAGUUCCUCGCUGGAGUUCAUUCCCAGGGGCUUCAAGCCAAAAGGAGGCGGAGGUGGCACUACAGUCAAAUUCAUCUUGAAAGAAAAGCACAAGAAAGCUUGUGUUUACAAUGGGAAGACCUACUCUCAUGGAGAAGUGUGGCAUCCCGUCUUCCGACUGUAUGGAGUCCUACCAUGCAUCCUGUGUACCUGCACGGAUGGGAUCCAGGACUGCCAGAAGGUUACGUGUCCCAAGGAAUAUCCUUGUGAAUAUCCUGAGAAAGUAGAAGGGAAAUGUUGUAAAAUAUGUCCAGAUGCCAAAGUCAAGCCCACGGAUGAAAUAAAUACCCCCAGAUGUGCCAAGAAUCCGAACAGGGUAUCGGUCUACAUGUUUGUGCCACCCAGCUCCGAGAGCCCCAAGGAAGACCUGAGAAAAAUUGCAAUCGAGAAAGACUCUUCUGAAGAGGUGGAAAUUUACAGCUGGAAACUGGUAAAAGGAAUAUUUCAUUUGAUACAGAUCAAGAAGAUCAGGAAGCAGGAGUUCAACCCAGAAGCACAGAACUUUAGGCUGAUCACCAGAACAAAUGAAGGUCACUGGAACAACUUCAGAGCCCAAACCUCAGGGCUUAAGAUGACAGAGAGUCCAGAGAAAGAAACAAAGAACUUGUAAAAAAAAACCGAAAACAAAUAUAUAGAGAAAUGAAAAAGUUGCAUUAUUAAAUAAACUCGCACAGCAAUAAAAGGAAAAAAAAAGACGGAUGUAAACUAAAAACUCAAGUAAUCAAACCAGCGAUGACAAUAGAUCUGAGUCUGAAACACGGCGACAACCACGGACGUGACACUCUUUGGAAUGUUCCCAGCGAUGGGUUGGGGGAGCCAACCCCUCGUCUCCUGCUUGUCCACGAUUUCAGGGGGUGCAAGAAAAGGAGGAGAAGACAGGAGGGAUGCGUUGUGAAGAGAGAAACUAUGGGCUCUGGUUCCCAGCUGUUUUGUAUCGCUAAUCAGUAUCAUGGGCUAUCAGUAAACCAGUACAGGAG